GAAGCCAACCGUGGUUGCAAGUCGACGGAUGACGAUGAGGGACCUAUCGCAAGAGAAGAUGAGCAGAUUGCUCGAGUCGACCGCGUUAUACUGUGAGACUCGUCAUUUAUCAGCCUAGAUAUCCCGAGAGUGGCACGCCGUUGCUCGCAUGAUGCAAACAACACGAAAUACGACCGACUCCCUUUGUCUCUCUUCCCUUCUGUGGUGGAUAGUGGUGGGAGAGGAAGGAUAAGAAGCAGGAUUCCUAAAGGAAAAAAAAAAGCAAAAAAAAAGAAAAAAAGAAAAGAAAGAAGAAUCAAAAUUAUCCAGGGGAAAGAAAAGAAGGCUAUACUUUUGAACGAGAAGCUAGCAGUAACUUGUUAAGAACUGCGAGAAAGAAAAGAAAGAGACGUACUACUAUCUUUUUCUCACUCUUUAUCUUUCUCUCUCUCUCUCUCUCUCUCUCUCUCUCUCUGUCUCUCUCUCUCUCUUUCUUUUUCUUUCUCUCUUUUGAGAGCUCGCGAUUCGGAGAGGGAGUAAGAUCAAAGACCACAGGGAGAAAGGGAUAGAAGUAAGGUGAAGCAAGGCGAGCCGGUGAUCGUAGUGGGAUCGACAAAGUAACCUGAAUCCGCGACGUCGACUUUCGACGGCAGUAACGACGAAGACGCCAUGACGACACGAUCACCAACAACAUCGCCUUCAGAUCGGCGCUCUACGAUCGGACUCGUCCUAGCGAUCUUUUUCAUCUUUCUCGCACAGCUAUGCGACGGAGCUUAUUAUGGAAAGCUGAUUGGCAAGCUGUCCGAACUUCACCAUGGCGUCAGUGGCGAAGUUUAUGCCGUAGACGGAAGGACCCUCUUCAUCAAGGACUUUACCUAUGACGGAGAAGGACCAGCUGCAUUCUUCUAUGCCGGAAAUACCAAGAGCCCCAAUUCUAAUGGGUUUAGAGUGCGAGACGAACGUGGAACGGCAAGCGUGUUAAAACGAUAUCGGAGAAAGGACAUCACAUUGACCUUGCCUGAUGGUAAGACCCUGAAUAGCAUCAAAUGGUUCUCAGUUUGGUGCGACGAAUUUGCUGUCAACUUCGGAGACGUAAGGAUCCCACGAGGUUUCGACUAUCCAAAACCACAGAAAUUGGCUGCUCUCAACGGAGUUCACGGAGUCAGUUCAGAGCCCAUCGUUAUCGUAGAUGCUCAGACUCUUCUGAUACCAGGAUUCAGUUACGACGGAGAGGCACCUGAUGCAAAAUUCUGGGUGGGUGCCGGACCAUCACCAUCACCUCAAGGAAUUCGAGUCCCUGAUGAAAAUGGAAAAGAACAGCCUUUACGACGUUAUGAUCGCAAAACCAUUGUCUUAACCUUACCUGGAGAUCUGACAGUCCAUCAAAUUGGCCACUUUGGCGUAUGGUGUGAAGCCUUCACCGUGGACUUCGGACACAUACAAAUUCCACAAGGUCUCAACGUUCCACCUUCUCUUAAGAUGCUCGGAGUAUCACCGCAGUCGAAGCUAAACUGUGAAGUCCUGGAUGACACUUUGGCUUUUGAGCUGCGUUGGGCCGUUGCAGGUGACAGCAUAGUCGUGCAGCUCGUUGGAAAACUUGAUGCUGGACAAUACAUGGCCUUCGGCUUAUCGGCAAAUCCGGAGAGAAGCGUUAUGAUCGGUGGAGACGUCGUGGUGGCCUGGGUAGACAAACAAACUCUUCAAGGAUACGCUAUCGAUUACUUCCUAGACGCGAAAUCACAAUGUUCCGGUGGACGAGGAAGUUGUCCUGACACAAAAAUACAAGAGGACACCAACUCGGUUCGAUUGUUGAAUGCAGCUUUAGUCAAUGGGUACAGCAUUGUGACCUAUCAGAGACCAUUGAAAGCCAGUGAUGAGCUGGAUCGUCAGGUUCUCACGAACAGAUCACAGGCCAUCAUCUGGGCAGUUGGUCCAUUGAACGAGAGGCAGGAAGUUAGUUUCCAUAGCGACUACUUGAAGACUGAUCGUUUCAUCGAAUUCGGUAGACCGCCUGCUUGGAAUUGUCCCAUUCCUGAUCAGGAACAACCAGAUACUUAUAUUGACAACGAUAAUAAUGCAAAUAGUAAUCAGCAACUCGCGGUAACUACAAGAAGACCUCAACGUGUUCCUGCUACUCCAGCACCAGCACCUACAAAUGAUGCUUGGGAGAUUCCUCCAAUACAAUGUUAUGAACCAGAAGAUGGUGUCUUUUAUGCUCAAAUGGGACCAACCGGUGGAAAACAUGGAUAUCCUGCUAUUACAGGUCAUGUUGGCUGGGGAAUUUCUUGGUAUAUAAAUGGUCUUUUAAUUCCGGAGAUAAACGUAGUCCGUGGAAAGAAGUAUACCUUUGUCGUUGAAGGUGGACAGAAUGCCGAUACACCUGCACGUUAUCAUCCAUUUUAUAUCACGGAUGAUCCUGUCGGUGGUUAUCAACAUAAAACUCCAGAAGAAAAAGCAAAAAUUAAAAUAUUCGCUGGAGUACGUAGACAACGGGGAUCAAUUCGACCUACCGGAGUUGGACGAUUUUGUUAUUGGGUACCCGAUCAAAAACAACCUCCGGCCGAUGAAUUCACAUCUUUCGGUGCUUAUCAACGAACGUUGACUUUGGAAUGUGAUCAUGGUGAACCAGGAAUUGUUGAAUGGACUCCCGAUGAGAAUACACCAGAUACGGUCUAUUAUCAAUGUUUCACUCAUCGCUAUCUGGGCUGGAAGAUUAACGUCCAUGACAGCUGCGAUGAGGGUUCAGCCAGCGAGAACCAUGAGGUUUAUGUGGAACAGAAUGGUCAUCCUGAGCUCAUCGAAGAUUUAGAUGUCAGUCCGAGCAUUCGAGUCUCGAGCAAGGUAACGCCAACGGCCGAGUUCCUUCAGCAGCAUCUUCAUCAUCCUCAUCAUCGGGAACAUGGUCUUCGUUACCCCCAUCAUACGGCGACUAACUCUGGCAAGCUAAGCACGUCCUACGCGCAGCUACUAACGAACGCUAAUCAUAACAAUUACGAACGCUUUCGAACAUCAGCCAUACAUGAGGAUGCCUACGGGCCGAGGUCCAAUCAUGGGAUCAUUCCUCAUCGUUACGAGGUACGCGUGAAGGAGAACUAUCGUCACGCGCACCUCGACGAGGAAGCUCUGCAACGUCAACAACAACAGCAGAAGCAACAACAAACAGUUAGCUCAAUUUAUAGCGAAUUAGGAGGAAUUGGCACCAUUAACAGGCCAACCUCAAUUUCCUCGACCUCGGCCACGAUCACGUCCACGGCACUAUCCUCGUAUCCCAGCAGACCUCAGUUCACGGAGAUCGAUCAAGAAAUCCGACAGUCCUCUAACCAUCAAUUGUCUAACCUCGUUGCAGAUAAUUCAAGACCACUGAGCCACGGGAUGAAAUUCGCUUACACUCUACCCACCACGCAGAUCGUAUAUUCCAGACCAACGUCGCAUCAUUACACGCCUGAUCACCAUCAUCUCCAUCAUCUACUUCAUUACCAUCAGCAUCAACCGGAGCAGCAAAGAGCCCAAGUGAUGAUCGUACGAAGACCUGUUUUGAUGCGUCGACCCAUUUUACAGAGUUCUCAUACAAUUAACUCACCCACGUUCGCCUUACCACCUUCAAGAUCGAUAUUCAUGGAACGUAAAAAAGCUGUUUACAAGGUACCAACCUCAGAAAAAGUCUCAUACGGAAAUAUCGUCAAGCUGAUGAAACUCGACCCAAAACAACGUACUAAAUUAGAAGCUAAAGUAUCCGAAGCAGCUGUCAUGGAUAUUUCGGGAAAUCUAAUGACAUCUCUGAAACCAGCUCGUAACACUGGAUUCAAUCCAGACUCCAUUGUCAUCGAGAGUGGCUUCAAACCUAUAAUUGAUCCAUCCCGAGAUCUGCUUGAAAAACGAAUAUCAGAUAGCGAUCAGGAAUACGAAGAAACGAUAAAAGAAUCAACAUUUUCCGAUCAAUUAUCAAGUGAUAAUUUUGAGCCAGUAUUUUUACCUUCGCCAAGCAUGAACCCAGCAUCUGAUAAAUCAAAAAAACAAAAGAAGAAACCUAAUCAAACGAACUUAAAUCAUUCUUCAAAACCAGUUUUAGACGAAUUAGAUGAUAUGCAAAUGGCUGCCGAUGGCCUUCAGUCCUAUUACUUACCUCCAGCCAGAUCAGAGGCUGAAUCAGCAACUCCUGGAGUUUUAAUAACUUACGAUGGUAAAAAGGUAAAGGAUUCCUCAUUAGCCAGGUCCAUUUCGGAGAUCGAAGAUCGUUCAAAGACUCGACUGACUUCGGACGUGUUGAGCAGGACACCACAAUUUGGAAGAUUCAAAGGAGAACUUCCACCACUGAUUCCUGCCGAAAUACGUUCGUCCGAUAAAACGACAAGACUCGAAAGAAACGAACAAUCAGCCUCGCUAGAUCUACCCCUGUUGAAAUCUCGAAAAAAUACAAGACUCACGUUGGUUGAAAGAUCGAAGAGAUCGCCAGAAGAAACUCGUACGAUGUCAAGUAUGGAAUUUCGAAGGAGUAACAUCACAAAAAAUACGUCGAACGAGGAGGACAUUGACGAUAUGACAACGCUUGGUAGCACCGGGCAAACGAUUUUAGCUAAUAUUAAAUACGUUGUUCUGACCAUAAUACUUUAUUACGUUAUUUGAAGAGAAAAUGAUGAAAAAAGAGGGGAGAAACGCAAAAAAAUUUGCGUUGCAAGUAAACUGAUGCUGAUUGGUUUACCGAACGAUGAUGGUGCUGGUCGAUCUUUGCUGGUCUCGUGCCCUGCGAAAGGGGUCGAACGGUGCACAAAGUAAUCGACGCGACGAUAACACGGGAAGAGGAAUACGACUAACCGUAUACUGGUUUUCUCUCUUUCUCUCUCUUUCUCUCUCACACAUAUUUUCUUUUUUUCUUUUUUAUAUCUAGUACAAUUCGCCUGUCACUCUCGACCUCCAGUCGGUUCAUGAUUGCCCUUCGUCACUCUCUUCGCUCCUCUUUCUGCCAAUCUGCUCUCUCUCUCUCUCUCUCUCUCUCUCUCUCUCUCUCUCUCUCUCUCUCUCUCUCUCUCUCACUCACUCACUCACUCACUUUCACUCUCAUUUAUCUAUUGUGGUACGAAACACUCCUAUUGUUUUUUCAACUUGUCACAAGCGCAUUUUUUUCCAGAACAUUUUUGUUUCCGUGUAACCGACCGACCAAAGCUGUCGUUCGAGAGUACCGGGCGAUGAUAGAAAGUCUGUUAAUUAUCGAGAUAGCAGCUUUUGUAAAUAAGUUGAUUUUGUUAAAUAAAGGUAAUCAUAAAAAGUUUA